CAGAAAGAAUCAGCAGUGUGUGUGAGAGGUUGAAGGAUCACUCCUGUCCCAUCUUGUUUUGGAGAGACUAAUCUUGUGUAUCCGAGCAUUUUGUGGGACUGUUUUAUGUUGUUGCUGUCGAGAGAGACGGACUCCUACUCCAGCAUGCUCACUGAGCCUGAGCUACCUCAGGAGUGUAACAGGAUGUCUUCCAAGCGACCAGCCUCUCCAUAUGGGGGGACAGAUGGAGAGGUAACCAUGGCAACCAGCAGACAGCGAGUGGAGGACGACGAGAGUGAGGGACUGGGCGGUGUCAUUCACCUCCCCCUGGCCUCCUACUGCGGCAAGGUGUCCCCCCGCUCGCCCGCCAACCACCACUUGGACAGCCCCCCAAACACAGACCAGGAUGGCAACAAGGGUUGUUCCCUGAGCCCUUACCCCCAGCACAACGCUACCUCACCAGGCAAGGAGGAGGCCGGAGCAGGGGUCCGGCCCUGCAGCGAUGGGCUCUCGUCCGCCGGCGCCCUGGGCACCCCUGAGAGACGCAAGGGCAGCCUGGCAGACGUGGUUGACACACUGAAGCAACGCAAGAUGGAGGAGCUGAUCAAGAACGAGCCAGAAGAGGCCCCCAGCAUUGAGAGGCUGUUGUCAAAGGACUGGAAGGACAAACUGUUGGCCAUGGGUUCAGGGCACAUCGGAGAAAUCAAAGGUACCCCAGACAGCCUGGUGGAGAAGGAGCGCCAGCUCAUGGGGAUGAUCGGCCAGCUGAGCAGCCUGAGGGAGCAGCUCCUUGCGGCCCACGAGGAGCAGAAGAAGCUGGCUGCCUCGCAGAUGGAGAAGCAAAGGCAGCAGAUGGAGCUCGCCAAGCAGCAGCAGGACCAGAUUGCCCGGCAACAGCAACAGCUUCUGCAGCAGCAGCACAAAAUCAACCUCCUGCAGCAACAGAUCCAGCAGGUCCAGGGCCAGCUCCCUCCGUUGAUGAUCCCGGUCUUUCCUCCAGACCAGAGGACUCUGGCAGCUGCCGCGGCCCAGCAGGGUUUCCUCAUGCCCCCUGGCUUCAACUACAAGCCCGGCUGCAGUGAUCCCUACCCUCUCCAGCUCAUCCCCACAACCAUGGCUGCUGCCACGCCAGGCCUGGGGCCCCUACAGCUGCAGCAGUUGUAUGCGGCUCAGCUGGCGGCAAUGCAGGUGUCCCCGGGGGCCAAACAGCACGGAGGCAGCCUGGCCCCCCAGGCCAACCUGAGCACGCACUCACCCCCGACAAACUCGCACAGUGACAAGGGCCGCAGCACCCCGCCACCAUCCAAGAACAAGGACAGUGAGGGUGCACAACCACUGAACCUGUCGGCCAAGCCUAAGGCACCCGAGAGCAAGUCACCCAACUCCCCCCCAACUUCCCCACAGGUGCCUGCUGCUGCCGCCGCCAAGCUAGGCCUUGCCGGCUCCAUGAAGCACAGCGCCACCCCCUCCAGUGUCGGAGGACCACCCUCCAGGGUCAGCUCCAUAGACUUGUUGUCGUCGCUGUCCUCAGGGACCUACAUGAACGACCAUGAGGCUGUGACCAAGGCCUUCGCCGAGGCCCGGCAGAUGAAGGAGCAGCUCAAGAGAGAGCAGCAGGUCCUGGACGCCAAGGUGGCUGCCGUCAGCAACCUCAACCUCAACAACGGACGCUCUGAAAAGGAAAAGGCAACCUUGGAGAGUCUGAGUCAGCAGCUGAAGCAGCAGGCGGAAGACAAGUUUAGCCACGCCAUGCUGGACUUCACCAUGAGCGGAGACUCUGACGGCUCCCCCAGCGUGUCGGAUUCCAGAAUGUUCCGGGAGGCGCGGGGCCGCGGCAGCAACGAGCCUCACAUCAAACGGCCCAUGAAUGCCUUCAUGGUGUGGGCCAAGGAUGAGAGGCGAAAGAUCCUCCAGGCCUUCCCCGACAUGCACAACUCCAACAUCAGCAAGAUCCUCGGCUCACGCUGGAAGGCCAUGACCAACCUGGAAAAGCAGCCCUACUAUGAGGAGCAGGCCCGCCUCAGCAAGCAGCACCUGGAGAAAUACCCAGACUACAAGUACAAGCCGCGACCCAAGCGCACCUGCUUGGUGGAUGGCAAGAAGCUGCGUAUAGGCGAGUAUAAGGCCAUCAUGAGGUCCCGCCGCCAGGAGAUGAGGCAGUAUUUCAGUGUGGGGCAACAGGGUCAGUUGCCCUUGUCCUCUGCGGGCGUGGUGUACCCAGGUGCCCUCUCCAUGGCGGGUUUGCCGUCGCCACAGAUGCCCUCAGAGCACUCUAGUAUGUCAAGCAGCCCCGAACCCAAUGUCAACCCUCACCAAACCCCCUACCUGCCCAGCCUGAAGGGCGAGGAGCCACGCAUCAAAGAGGAGGAGCUGAGACUGGACGACAGCAACGGCGAUGCGUACGACGACUUCGACUACGAGGACGAAGAGGCCGAUUAUACGAGCGAUAACGAGAACCAUAUCAACCAGUAAGAUGGCCGCAGAGUUGCCCACGUUAAGCCAACCACAGCUGGUGAACAACCGGAAACCCCACACAAUCCCGAGCCAUCAAUCAGGAAGCAGCUUGCUCUUUUGCCAAUCACCUUGAAUCCAGAUUUCACAGACCCCCCCCCCCUCCUCGCCAACCUGGACUCUUUUAACAGAGCCAACAACCCCUCCCACCAGCCCUGAUACCGGCAUCCGACCAAUCAAUUGAAGCACAGGACCUGUCACUCACACUGACUGUUACACAAACUGGAGUCUGGGAGGAAGAGGAGGACACGACCAAGCUAGCAACAGAGCUUGCUGAGUACUGUUCAAGUGCUACUGCUGAGUAUGACAAAGUGCUCUGUGAGGGCACGACACCGAGGCAGGGCGGUUUGCCGUGUAACGCCAUGAGUAAGCUAUAGAAUACGAAGAAAUAAUAUCAUACUCCAACAGCAACCUUUUAGACCCGUUUGUAGAGGAGGAAACAGUUUGGAAGGAGGAAAUGAAAAUAAAAAAGAACAGUGGACCUGUUGAAGGAGAACAGACGACACUUUAAGAUGGCGGACCUGUUUGUUUAUUAUCAAGAGACACUUUUAAAAAACAGCUUUUUCGUUCUUGGUUCUAUAAUAUUCUCACUCAGGUACACGGUGCCAAUAAGUGGCUUGUGAAUGUGAUUUGUUGUUUUUUGUGCUACGAGUUUGAAUAAUAAUCGAAAAAAGAGACGUUUCUCCCCCCCACCACCACCACCACCACCACCACCCCCCGUUGUAAAGCACCAGAAAGACAGUCAGACAUGUUUAUUUUUAAAACAAAAAAAGACACAA